CAAUUUGUCCUAAAUGUCCAGUUCAAAGUGAAGUACAUGUUGAGGAAAUUGAGAUAAUACCUAAACGUAAAAAAACAACCAAGCAAUUUAAAGAUUCUCAAAAAUUUAAAAAACUUGUUAAUGAGUUAUUGAAUGAGGUGACUGCACAAAACACUAUACAACCGCAUCAUCAGUCCAACACUAGAUCAUCUAUUAAUUUAAAUGAUCUUAAUAAAAACAUUUCCAUUGCUAAAGAAAAUAAUAAUAAAUCAAUUCAUGAAGUUCUUAGACCUUUAUAUUCGCUUGAUUUAAGUCAAAAUUGUAAGGAUACCAGUAAUGCUAGGGUGUUUG